AUGUCUUUGGCUGAUGAGUUACUGGCUGAUUUAGAGGAAAAUGAUGAUGCUGAACUUGAAGCUAUUAUUGAAAAUAAGACUUCGAAUAAUACACCUCAUGAAUUUGCUGUUCCAUAUCCAGUAAUUCCCAAAGAGGACGAAAUAAAAAAUGUUUCCAUUAGAGAGCUGGCUAAACUAAGGGAUUCAGAUCGAUUGCAACGAGUUAUAACAGAAAUAGAGAGAAAUGUCGGCAAUGAUAGGAAGAAAAUUGAAGUAACAGGAUUAAUGGAAUCAGAUCCUGAAUACCAGUUAAUAGUAGAAGCAAAUAAUAUAGCAGUGGAAAUUGAUGGAGAAAUAGCUAUAAUUCACAGAUUUGUUCGGGACAAAUACCAGAAAAGGUUUCCAGAAUUGGAGUCCCUAAUCAUAACUCCACUGGAGUACAUCCGUACUGUAAAAGAAUUGGGAAAUGAUCUGGAUAGAGCUAAAAAUAAUGAAAUUCUACAGAGCUUUCUAACUCAGGCUACUAUUAUGAUUGUAUCUGUCACAGCUUCUACUACACAAGGAAAACUGUUAUCUGAAAUUGAACUUGCAGAAAUAAACGAAGCUUGUGACAUGGCUGCAGAGCUAAAUAAUUGUAAAUCUAAGAUUUACGAAUACGUUGAAAGUAGAAUGACAUUCAUUGCUCCAAAUAUAACAGCAAUUGUUGGAGCGUCGACUGCAGCAAAGAUUCUCGGAGUCGCCGGAGGUUUAUCCAAGUUGUCAAAAAUGCCAGCAUGCAAUGUUUUGCCACUUGGACAACAGAAGAAAACUCUUUCUGGUUUCUCACAAGCUGCCGCCCUUCCUCAUACUGGUUUCAUUUACUUCUCCCAGAUCGUUCAGGAUACGCCCCCUGAAUUAAGAUAUAAAGCUGCGAAGCUUGUAUCAACUAAACUCACGCUCGCCGCCAGAGUGGACGCCUGUCAUGAAAGUACUGACGGACACAUUGGCAGACUUCUGCGGGAGGGGAUUGAGAAGAAACUAGAUAAAUUACAGGAACCACCACCGGUAAAGUUUGUGAAACCACUCCCUAAACCGAUCGAACAAAGCCGUAAGAAGAGAGGUGGUAAGCGAGUUAGGAAGAUGAAAGAGAGAUACGCUAUGACGGAGUUCCGGAAGAACGCAAACCGACUCAACUUCGCUGACAUCGAAGAUGACGCUUAUCAAGAAGACCUGGGCUACACACGGGGAACUAUUGGCAAGUCGAGCACCGGUCGUGUACGAUUGCCUCAAAUAGACGAGAAGACCAAAGUCCGCAUCAGUAAGACCCUACAAAGGAACAUGCAGAAACAGCAGCAGUACGGCGGAGCCACGAGCAUUAGAAGACAAGUGUCCGGUACGGCUUCAUCAGUCGCCUUCACACCUUUGCAGGGUUUGGAGAUCGUAAAUCCGCAAGCAGCAGAAACCCGAGUCAAUGAAGCUAACGCAAAGUACUUUUCGAAUACCUCGGGUUUCUUGUCCGUUGGCAAGAAUGCGACGUGA